GUUUUCCCUUUUCUCGUUGGCUCCUCCCCGUGCCUUCCGCAUUUCGUCCUCUUGGGACUCCGUUUCCCGUGGUGCGCCGGGGCCCGUUUCCGGCGCGGGGACGGUCGCUGCACGCGGAGGCAGUGGUGGUGCCCGGGUGACUUUGCUGGGGCCAUGGAGGGCAGCUUCGGCUCGGAGUUUGGGGGUGCGGCGGGGGCUGGAGGAGGGAAGCUGGACCCGGGUCUCAUCAUGGAACAGGUGAAGGUACAAAUCGCCGUGGCCAACGCGCAGGAGCUGCUGCAGAGGAUGACCAACAAGUGCUUCCGGAAGUGCAUCGGCAAGCCCGGCAGCUCCUUGGAUAACUCGGAGCAGAAGUGCAUUGCUAUGUGCAUGGAUCGGUAUAUGGACGCCUGGAAUACAGUGUCCCGAGCCUACAACUCUAGGUUGCAGCGGGAGCGAGCCAACAUGUGAGGCAUGCACUCUUCUGCUGGACCUCUAGGAACUCUAGUUGUGUUGUCCAGACUAGCUGUCCCCCUUCCCUAGAGUGGGCCGGCCCUGGACACAACAGGGAACUCAUUCCAUUCCCAUCCUCCCUCCUGAAAAGGUGCUUUGAGAAUGAAAAGAAUAAGGCAGGGGCAGGGUGGUGAUUCCUGAAAUCGGGCCUGAUUUGACUUUUACCCAUUCCCCACCCCCUCUCAGCACACUAAUAAAAGCCCUGUUUGUGGAGCCUGGAUUUUGGCCCUUCUCUAAGGGCCCAGUUCUCCCCCUUCUCUCUCCUGGUCACAGCCUUUAGGCAAAGGAUUGACUGUUUGAGGCCUUCCUGGAGGUCCCUGACAUUGCCUGGCAUCAGUCACGCACCGACUUUGAACUGGGCCUUUGAAUGUUCCCUGGUAAAGGAGUGUUUGGCUUUCCCAGGCUGGGGGCUGGGAAUGCUCAGGUCAUGAGCCUCUGUGGUAAGGGAUGAUUUAUAUAGAAAACAGUAAAUUGUUACCUGUGACACCAAAGGAACUUCUUUCCAUCUUCUGAGCAAUGCCAAAUGUAUGAAUUUUUCUUUCAAA